UUUUUUUUUUAAUUUAUUGUCCCAUUUCCUAUGGUAUAUCGUUGUAAAGUUCUGUUCUUUGCAAGAAAGUUGUGUUUUUUCUUUCGUUUUUGCUUUAAAGUUUGAGUCUUUUUAGAGUGGUAGAUUCUACUAAGCCUGCAUUGUUAAUGAAAGUUGAGAUCUUGGUGAGAGAAUGCUAAAAUUCUUGUUCUAUUUAGAUGAAUAGAUCUCUUUGAAAAAGGGCCCCAGUUUGUGUUGUUGUAGCUCAUUUCAGCCAUUAAAUGCUUGGGUCGGUCGAAAAAAAAAUAAUUCUUUAUUGAAGCUGAGUUUUUGUCAUUGGAAGCAGUAAAGGUCACUUGAAGCUCCAUUGUCAGGUAACAGUACUGAGUUGGUGAUUUUAGUUAGUGGUACAGUUUGUUGCUGUCUAAAGUGGUCAAUCCUCUUGUUUCUUGAAGGAAAUGCUUUCCAAGUCUCUUGUUUUUACUAUCUAAUGGUUGAGACUUGGUUGAAAUUGCUGGUUCAUUUAGCUUAACAACCUCAUUCCCUUACAAGAUUGAGCUUGUUUCUUGUUGUCACGAGGCUUGUUUCUUGUAACUUCCAAGCAGCCAUUGCUGGGUCUAGUUGUUGAGCUUUAUAUGGUCUGAAAUUUGGUUUUUUAGUUAAAUGUUAGAAACCCCCUUGUUAAGUUUUGAUAAUUGAAUAUGAAGCUUUUGAAGCUUUUGCUAUUAUCCCUCCUUUUCCUCUCUGCCAUGGGGCAAUUGCCUUCACAGGACAUAUUGGCAUUGCUCGAAUUCAAGAAGGGUAUCAAGCAUGACCCCACUGGUUAUGUUCUUGAGUCAUGGAAUGAGGAGUCCAUUGAUUUUAAUGGCUGCCCUUCUUCUUGGAAUGGUAUUGUCUGCAAUGGUGGAUAUGUGGCUGGUGUUGUUCUUGAUAACUUAGGUCUCUCUGCUGAUGUAGACCUGAGUGUGUUUGCAAAUCUUACAUUGCUUGUCAAAGUCUCCAUGGCAAACAACUCUAUAACUGGCGAGAUUCCUGACAAUAUAGGUGACUUCAAAAGCCUUCAGUUUAUGGAUGUGUCUAACAAUCUAUUCUCGACGUCAUUACCGCCGGGGAUUGGUAAAUUAGGGAGCUUGAGGAACCUCUCAUUGGCUGGGAACAACUUAUCUGGUUCACUUCCUGAUUCAAUUUCAGGGCUUGCAUCAAUCCAGUCUUUGGACUUGAGCAGGAACUCCUUCUCUGGAUCAUUGCCAACGUCAUUGACAAGACUGAAGAACCUGGUGUAUCUGAAUUUGUCUUCCAAUGGUUUUGACAAGAGGAUUCCAAAGGGGUUUGAGCUGAUUUCAAAUCUACAGGUGCUUGACCUGCAUGGGAAUAUGUUUGAUGGUCAUCUAGAUGGAAUGUUUUUUCUUCUAACAAAUGCUAGUCAUGUUGAUCUCAGUGGGAAUAUGCUAGUGAGCUCUAGUUCUCAGAAGUUACUUCCGGGUAUGUCUGAGAGCAUUAAGGUUUUGAAUCUUAGCCACAACCAACUUAGUGGGUCACUGCUAAAUGGAAGUGACAUGCAAUUGUUUGCAAGUGUGAAGGUGUUGGAUUUGAGCUACAAUCAGUUGACAGGAGAAUUGCCAGGAUUUGAUUUUGCUUAUGAGCUUCAGGUCCUUAAACUCAGCAACAACAAGUUCUCAGGGUCCAUUCCUAAUGACCUUUUGAAAGGAGAUUCUUUGCUCUUGACUGAACUGGAUUUGAGUGCCAAUAAUCUCUCAGGGCCUAUAAGCAUGAUUAUGUCAACAACACUUAGUGUCCUUGAUUUGUCAUCAAAUGCGCUUGUUGGAGAACUUCCUCUGGUGACAGGAAGCUGUGUUGUACUUGAUCUAUCAAACAACAGAUUUGAAGGAAAUCUAACCAGAAUGGCGAAGUGGGGAAACAUUGAGUAUCUUGAUCUAAGCCAGAAUCGUUUGACAGGGCCAAUCCCUGAAGUGGCCCCUCAAUUUUUGCGUUUAAAUUACCUCAACCUCUCUCAUAAUUCUUUCGCCAGCCCUCUCCCAAAAGUUAUUACUCAGUAUCCAAAGCUUAGAGUCCUAGAUCUUAGUUCUAACCAGCUAGAUGGAUCUCUGUUGACUGAGUUACUAAUGUCUCCUACUCUGCAAGAAAUCCACCUUGAAAAUAAUUUACUCAAUGGUGCUAUUGAAUUUUCUCCCCCUUCCACUACUCAAUCCAAUCUUCAAGUUAUUGAUCUUUCUUAUAAUCAGCUUGACGGCUUUUUCCCUGGUCGAUUUGAUUCACUAAGUGGUCUUCAAGUUCUCAAUCUUGCAGGGAAUAAUUUAUCUGGUUCCCUCCCCAGUUCCAUGGCUGACAUGAGCUCGCUUAGUUCAUUAGAUUUAUCUCAAAACCAUUUCACAGGUCCUCUACCGAACAACUUGUCAGAGAGCAUUGGAAGCUUUAAUGUUUCAUAUAAUGAUCUUUCUGGAGUUGUCCCAGAAAACCUGAGGAGGUUCCCUACUUCUUCUUUCUAUCCUGGAAAUAAUAGAUUACGCCUUCCAGCUGUUCCUCCUGGAUCAAACAAUCUUCCUGGUAGAAAUUCUGGGAGGAGACCAAUCAACACCAUUGUCAAGGUGGUAGUCAUAGUCGCAAGUGUGAUUGCUCUGAUCAUUCUCAUCAUGCUUGCCAUCUUCGUACUUUACAUUCGUACAAGGAGGAUAAAUCCACCAAGUCAAGUUACAAAUAAAGGUAUCCGUAGGCACACUCAAACAAACCCCUCUGGCACAAGCGGAACAGGAAGUGGUGGUGCGUUGAUUGUGUCGGCUGAGGAUCUUGUGGCAUCAAAGAAAGGAUCAUCAUCAGAGAUUAUCAGCCCUGAUGAGAAAAUGGCAGCAGUAACUGGCUUCUCACCAUCAAAGCAUGGCCACUUAUCUUGGUCACCAGAGUCUGGGGAUUCAUACCCUGCUGAGACCCUUGCACGCCUGGAUGUAAGGUCACCAGAUCGGUUGGUUGGUGAGCUGUACUUUCUUGAUGAUACAAUCACAAUGACACCUGAGGAGCUGUCUAGGGCUCCUGCUGAAGUUUUGGGGAGGAGCAGUCAUGGGACUUCUUAUAGGGCAACUCUGGACAAUGGGGUCUUCAUUACUGUGAAAUGGUUGAGAGAAGGGGUGGCGAAACAGAGAAAGGACUUUUCCAAGGAGGCGAAAAAAUUUGCAAACAUUAGGCAUCCAAAUGUGGUGGGUUUGAGAGGAUACUACUGGGGGCCUACACAGCAUGAAAAGCUCAUUCUUUCAGAUUACAUCUCACCUGGAAGCCUGACAAGCUUUCUUUAUGAUCGACCGGGAAAAAAAGGCCCCCCAUUAACCUGGGCCCAGAGGCUCAAGAUAGCAGUUGAUGUUGCACGUGGCCUAAACUAUCUCCAUUUUGACCGUGCUGUUCCACAUGGGAACCUUAAAGCAAUAAAUGUACUUCUAGACGGGCCUGAUCUCAAUGCACGUGUUGCUGAUUACUGCCUCCAUCGACUCAUGACUCAAGCUGGCACCAUUGAACAAAUACUAGAUGCUGGGGUCUUGGGUUAUCGUGCACCAGAGUUGGCUUCUUCUAAGAAACCACUCCCCUCCUUCAAGUCAGAUGUUUAUGCCUUUGGAGUGAUGAUGUUGGAACUUUUAACUGGAAGGUGUGCUGGUGAUGUAAUUACUGGGGAAGGGGGGAGUGUUAACUUAACAGAUUGGGUGCGGUUGAGAGUGACAGAAGGUCGUGGCACGGAUUGCUUUGAUCCUGCAUUGCUGCCAGAAAUAGUGAAUCCGACAGUUGACAAGGGAAUGAAGGAGGUCCUUGGAAUAGCCUUACGAUGUAUAAGGUCUGUCUCAGACAGGCCAGGUAUCAAGACCAUAUAUGAAGAUCUUUCGUCGAUAUAGCUUGUAGUCGGUUCCAUUUUGAUUGUGCUUGAAUCUGAGGUUUUAAUAUCUCAUUGGCCUCUCUUUUCGGAUCUUUGUUAUUCUUUUUGGCAUUUCAGUGUUAGCUACUGACAUUAACCAUCGUUGUAUAAAAGGAAUGGAUAGAAGAUUUUCAGUUCUAGGCUAUUUCUUGAUGAUGAUCUUUUGGUCAAUGUUUGAUUGCUUGGCUGUGCAUUUAUGAAUGAGGAAUUGCUAGUGGUGCUUUUGAUGAUACUCUAAUCAUUCUCCUGCGCUCCAGCAAUGUCACAUGUUACAUUUCCUUGUGAAACAAAAUGUUAUCUCAA